UAUUUUUCUCUCUACUUGACUUUGAAGUAUAAUGGAUUUUGAUUAUUCCCUGUCCACUGAGUUCAUUAGUAAUGAUUCUGAAGUACAAAUGAUGAAAUAAAUCCUUUUUCAAGACCAAGGUUAUUCUCCCAAGAUUUUCUAUUUGUGACUAACAUCACCGAUGCCAAUUCUAAUGUUAUCCCAUGGAAUUGGAGUUUCCUUUUGAGUGUAAACGCGCAUGGUAGAAUGACUGUGAGUGGCACAGCUGAGUUCAGUGUUAUUUCUGUUCGUGUUCAUUAAAUUCCCUGCCUGUUCAGAAUGUGUACAGACCAAAGAGCCAAAACUGAAGUUUGGAUUCUUAGAUGGCAUAGCCAAUCUCUGAAUAAGUAUCCAGUGCAGAUAAUGCAUGAUCAAUAAACAACAUUUCAUCAUGUGUUUUACACAUGUUAUGAAGAAAGGCUUUAGGUGGCCAAAAAAAAAAAAUAGCAGAAGUUUUGGGUUUUUGUUUUUUUUUUUUCUCGCAUGGCUCUCCUGACUCAUGUUGAAAGGCUUUUGUUUCUAAUCAAAGCAACAAACGGUAAGGUCAUUUCCUUGCGAUUAUAUGGCAGCGGAAGGCGUCGGGGUUUUUAGGUCCCUACUUCCACCAGCUUGUAUUUGGAGAAAACACACACACAAGUGCUUAAUACAUGUGUCCUUUGUCCUGCCCGUUCUCUCCAGUCCCUUUAAAUGAGCCGAGAUCAUGGUUCGGAGAUGACCGAAGGCAGGCAGUGCCGGGUGCAUCUCCUGGAUGACCGGAGGCUGGAGCUGCUGGUUCAGCCCAAACUUUUAUCAAGAGAGUUGCUGGAUCUCGUGGCUUCUCAUUUCAACCUGAAAGAAAAGGAGUACUUUGGAAUCACGUUUACAGAUGACACGGGUCAGCAGAACUGGCUUCAGCUAGACCACCGAGUCCUUGACCACGAUUUACCCAAGAAACCAGGCCCAACCAUCUUGUACUUCUCUGUGAGGUUUUACAUUGAAAGCAUAUCGUUCCUGAAGGAUAAAACCACCGUGGAGCUGUUUUUCCUGAACGCAAAGUCCUGUGUGCACAAGGGGCAAAUCGAAGUAGACAGCGAAACUAUCUUCAGGUUAGCGGCACUCAUUUUACAGGAAGCCAAAGGGGAUUACACCAGUGAUGAAAAUGCCAGGAAAGAUUUAAAGACACUUCCAGCUUUUCCAACCAAAACUCUGCAGGAACAUCCCUCCCUUGCUUACUGUGAGGACAGAGUAAUUGAACAUUAUUUGAAAAUCAAAGGUCUGACUCGGGGUCAAGCUGUCGUUCAGUAUAUGAAAAUAGUAGAAGCUCUGCCAACCUAUGGAGUCCAUUAUUACGCAGUAAAGGAUAAACAAGGACUUCCUUGGUGGCUUGGAAUCAGCUAUAAAGGAAUUGGCCAGUAUGAUUUGCAAGAUAAGGUGAAACCUCGGAAAUUAUUCCAAUGGAAACAGCUGGAGAACUUAUAUUUCCGUGAGAAAAAGUUUGCUGUUGAAGUUCACGAUCCACGGAGGAUUUCGGUAUCCAGAAGAACCUUUGGGCAGAGUGGCCUCUUUGUGCAAACGUGGUAUGCGAACUCCUCUCUCAUCAAGUCCAUCUGGGUGAUGGCAAUUAGUCAGCAUCAGUUUUACUUGGACCGGAAGCAAAGCAAAGCAAAAAUUCCUUCAGCCAGGAGUUUAGACGAUAUCGCAAUGGACUUGACGGAGACAGGAGCACCAAGGGUCUCCAAACUGGUAACACUCGAGGCAAAAAGCCAGUUCAUUAUGGCAAGCAACGGCAGUUUAAUUUCCUCAGGUUCUCAAGACUCAGAAGUCAGUGAGGAGCAAAAGAGAGAGAAGAUCCUUGAACUCAAGAAGAAGGAGAAACUGUUGCAAGAAAAGCUCCUGAAGAAAGUUGAAGAGCUUAAGAAGAUCUGUUUGCGGGAGGCUGAGCUCACAGGCAAAAUGCCCAAGGAGUAUCCUCUGAAUGUAGGUGAGAAACCUCCUCAGGUCAGAAGGCGUAUAGGUACCGCGUUCAAAUUAGAUGACAACUUGCUGCCAAGUGAAGAGGAUCCUGCUUUGCAAGAACUGGAGAGCAAUUUCCUAAUACAGCAAAAGCUGGUUGAGGCUGCGAAGAAGCUUGCCAAUGAGCCCGACCUUUGCAAAACCGUGAAGAAAAAACGAAAGCAAGAUUACACGGAUGCAGUGAAAAAGCUUCAGGAGAUUGAAAAUGCUAUAAAUGAGUACCGCAUUAGAUGUGGAAAGAAACCCAGCCAGAAAGCAACAGUUAUUUUACCAGAAGACAUCAUCCCAUCAGAAAGUAGCUCCUUGUCUGACACUACCACCUAUGAUGAUCCCAAUGAUACCUUCACUCUUGCUGGGCAGCGAUCAAGUUCAGUACCUCAUUCUCCAAGAAUUCUUCCUCCCAAGUCUCUCGGUAUUGAGAGAAUCCAUUUCAGAAAGUCGUCCAUCAAUGAACAGUUUGUGGAUACCAGACAGUCCAGAGAAAUGCUGUCCACACACAGCAGCCCUUACAAAACUCUGGAGAGGCGGCCCCAGGCAGGACGGAGCAUGCCCACCACCCCCGUUCUCACCCGGAACGCCUACAGUAGCAGCCAUUUGGAACCCGAGCCUUCAUCUCAGCACUGCCGCCAGCGGAGUGGAAGCCUCGAGUCUCAGUCUCACCUGCUCUCCGAGAUGGACCACGAAAAGCCAUUUUUCUCCCUCUCCAAAUCCCAAAGAAGCAGCAGCACGGAAAUCCUGGAUGACGGGUCUUCCUACACCAGCCAGUCGAGCACCGAGUAUUACUGCACCACGCCCGUGGCCGGCCCCUAUUACACCACCCAGACGCUGGACACUCGCUCCCGGGGUCGCAGAAGGUCCAAGAAACAGAACGUCUCGACUUCCAAUUCGGGAAGCAUGCCCAACCUAGCACACAAGGAAAGUCUGAGGAAUGGCGUCUACUCCAAGAGUCAGGAGCAGCCUUCUUCCAGCUACUACAUUGCCGGGUACACGCCCUACGCGGAGUGUGACCUCUAUUACGCCGGCGGCUACGUCUACGAGAACGACACGGAGGGACAGUACAGUGUGAAUCCUUCCUACCGGUCGUCCGCCCACUAUGGAUACGACCGCCCAAGGGACUGCAGCAGGUCCUUUCACGAGGACGAGGUCGACCGGGUGCCCCAUAACCCGUAUGCCACACUCCGGCUGCCGCGGAAGGCUGCCGCCAAGUCCGAGCACAUCACCAAAAACAUCCACAAGGCCUUAGUGGCAGAGCACCUGCGAGGCUGGUACCAGCGGGCCUCCGGGCAGAAGGAGCCGGGCCACAGCGCACAGACUAGCUUUGACUCAGACAGGGGCUCGCAGAGAAGCCUGGGCUUUGCCGGCCUGCAGGUCCCCUGUUCUCCGAGCAGCCGUGCGUCUUCUUACUCCUCAGUGUCUUCCACAAAUGCUUCUGGGAACUGGAGGACCCAGAUAACCUUAGGGCUAUCCGAAUACGAGAUCCCGGCACAUUCUUCCUACACCAGCUGCUAUAGCAACAUCUAUAAUCCUUUACUGUCUCCAGGCAGACCGUACUCAGAGACCGGUCAACUGGACGGUACAGAUGGAAACCGGCUGGAAGACAGCCUGGAGAGUAGUGAGCAGAGGCUCUUCUGGCACGAAGACUCCAAGCCCGGAACAUUAGUCUGAACUGCGGGCGGGCCUCUUGACCAAGCACUGCGUUCUCACACUAGUGUGCCUUGCAAAAUGUGUUCGUCUUCCUGGAAGGCCAUAGGCUUUAGAAACCUGAAGGCAUCCGAGGUGGAAAGGAGGACUCCAUUGGCCCCAGAAGUGAAUCACACACUAGGCCGCACAAAGCCCUUGAAUGACAUCCCGCCUUUCCAAGUCCAGAUCCUCACCUAACAGAGCAAGGUGAAGACCACGUGAGCCUUUGCCGAGGAGGACUUGGCCUUUACCAAGAGCAAGCACUUUGUAAGGGAAUAAAAGUGGUUGGAGGCAGACCUCAAAACUGUGACAAGUGCAUUCAGGGUCUCCCACAGGAAAGAAGGACAGGGGAAAUUUCAGAGCACAAUUCAGGAUGAUGAGAGAAGGGAAGCUGGAAGCUCUUUAGUCACUGCUCACCAUCAGAAAGUUUGAAUUUGUGAGCUGGCGAAGAAUUACAUACUAUGUCUACCCAGACAUGAACAAUUCAGACAGUAUUGGAAAAUUACUUGAAGAGAAGCUGGAUUUUCAUGAAGUUCUGAAUGAGUGUAAAUGUUUUUAGGCUGUUAUCAAGAGUGAUGGUUUUCAUAAGCACCACAAAAUGGGUUCUGGAAAGACUUACGGCUGUAUUGUCCUGUAAUAUAACUAUGGUAGCAGAUUGGGGAAAAUGAAGCAGCCCACUGAGUAACUGACAAACUCUGCUUGGAGAAUUUUCUAAGGUACAAUAUCACUGAGUUCCUUUUUUCCUUUCUAUGCCAACGGCAUGAGCUAUGUUCUUCAGGCUGGUAACUCUCCAACAUGGCCGUCAUUGUAAUGGCAGGCUUGAUAUGGAAAGUUUUAUAACCAAGAGUUUGGAAAAGUAUUUUAAGGUGAUACAGAAAGAACCUAACACAAUAUAAAGAAAAAUAGCAACAACAAAAAGAAAGACACAAAACCCACAUCAUUUUCUAUGAAUCAUGUGCCUUAAAAUUGUGAACAUUUGAAAAAUAAGCAUAUUGUCUGGAUUCCCCAGGUAGUUCUAAGUCACCAAGUGACAAAAGCAAGAUUACUCAUUAAAAACAAAAACGAAAACCCUCCAAGCUGCAGUAGAUUUAAUUAUGAGGCUAAAACUACCUCAUACUUUCCUUGGAAGAACUAAUUCGCUAUGGUUUAUUGUAGGAUGUUUUGGAGUUUUCGUUUUUUUUGUUGUUUUUUUUUUUUAAGCAAAUAUUUCCAUAUUCUAGAUGGAUCUUUUUCAUCAUCUUUACUCUGCUUCAGAAUUCCACAGAAGGUGCUCCUUCCCCCUCUUUUAUACAAGUUUCUUGUUCAUAUUGUGAAUAGAGAAGUUUCUGAACAACUUUUUGGGGACAUUUUCUAUCUAUAUUCCAAAGCAUGUAAUAUAUACAUAAAGGUGAUUUGUUAAACUGGUCCUUAGUCAUUUGUAUCAUUAAAAAUGAAGUUUGCGGCGGGGGGGUGGGAUAUUUGAAAAACAAAAAGACAUGCAAACAAAUAACUUAUUCCUUUUUCCAUAUUUGUAUAGCCUUCUAGAAACAGAAAUACCCUUUUGCAUAUUCUUUUACUGUUCUGACUUUUUUUUAGACCUAUUAUUUUUUUUACAUAGGUCAAUAAAUUGAAGGUGUGCUACUGAAAA